CCUGAAAUGAAGCAAAUGACCUUUGUAUAGAGAUACUUGUACUGGAGUCCCCCCUCCUCUACCUACAAGCUUCAUUCUACUACUGAACGAGAAUUUCCUGUUCUGGGACUCUCCACACUGAGAGAAGUUCAGCUCCCCAUCCCAGGCCAGGAGAAACAGGAGCCUCUGCAGACAUGCGCCUCCAGGAGCCACUGGGGCCCCUGCUACUCUCUCUCACAGCAAUCCCUGUUUCCUAUGUGGUGAAUUCCCUCUCUGCAGUGUCUGAGUGAGUAUGUGAAUCUACACUCCUUAGUAACCACUUGGCGACAAAAAGCCCUGCGUUCCACAACGUUCUUGUAAAGAAACAGAAAGCAAGGAGUCAUGUGACUUUCUAGAAUAGCAGGUUUUAACGUGCAUUGCAGUGCCAGUAACCGAGGAAGGACUAAACAGGCUCAUUCCUCAAUCACCAAUCACCAUAGCUUCAUUCAAUAGAGCUCCCGAUUAUCUACUAUAUAUCCCGACUGAGAGUUUCUUCUUUCAUAUUACGCCCCCUGGUGGCUCUGAUUGAAGACUGCAUACAUCCUCCAGUUUGGACUGCUGCCUUCCACACUCUAAGAACAACCAUUUUUCAUAGCUCUUACAGGGCUACCCAAUAAACUGAGAAUUGUAAUCAAAUAAGAUGUGACUGGCAAAACUAACGCUAAAAUGGCCAAUAUGUGAGAGAAUGUUUUUACAAAUGACAUAUUUAUCCUAAAUGUUGCCAUUUGGAUUUUAAUAUGCUGUGAUUCAAAUUUUUACUGAAUAGACCCAUACGUGCCUUCUAGCUGGGGAGUCUGGCUAAGCGGCAUUGGAAAACAUCUGUAUUGCCAGUGUUAUAUAUCACUGCCCUAAAGCAACGGAAUUAAACAUUUUUUUGGCUGAUCUACAUAUGCCGUUCUCUUGAGUGCACAGAGAUAAUUGAGUUGUAGAAUUGCAUUUAUUCAUAGUAUCCAGUAGUUAAAGAAGGGUCAAUGAUGUUCACCUAGACCUGUGCACAUUAAAAAGUAUGCAGAGUGAACUGUUAAGAAUCAGAGGGUGUCAAUUUUGCUGCACUGUUUUAUUCGUAGGAAUCGUUGAUGCAGAAUUAUUUGGAGUGCUAUGUAUUAACCCUUUCUUACACGGUGAGAGCCAUGCUGGGACUGUUGAAUUCUAUAGUAUAUAAGAACAUACUGUGUAAGGAUGGAUUACCUCCCACAGAGGGUUACGAAAAACAUGCAUCCAAUUUCACUGUGUAACAGGUCCUAAUGAAUAAAACAUUGAUGGCAGACACCCCUCUCUAUAAUGCUAUAGAUUCCAGAUAGUACAAACGCCUUUCCCAGAAGAAACUGCAAAUAAUUCAGUGCUUGGAACACAAAACCAACACCCCGUGCAAGGAAUAUUUUAGUUUCACACUGUUUUAUAGCCUCCAAAUCUGGAUUUAUGGGAGAUAAACAGUUUAAGUGCCAGAUUUAGGUGUUACGUUUCUUUGCAAUGAUGUGUGGCCCUAUUGAACUUUAAAGGAUUGCAUUAAACAUGUACAUUGGGCAAUAAAUCACACCAACGGGCCUUAGUCUUGUUUUUAGCUGUGACUGAUCCUAUGCCUGCACUGGUACAGUUUUAACUCAGCAGAUCCUCAUUGUUCAGUGCUGAAAGCAAUGUCAUUAUUUAUUAAUUCUGGCCUGGGAGCUUAAAGGAACACUACAAUGGUGCUGUAGUGGUUAUGGUGCCAAGAGUGUGCUGGUGACCCCGCAUUGCUCUCAGCCUGCACUGAUGGGCUUAUCUGAGACACAGAGCUUCUGGUUCUUUUUUCAGAAGUAGCGGAGGUGGAAGUGGAGUCCUGCACAACCCAGGUAAGAGGUCCAGCCAUUCUAACAGGGUUGGACUACUUACAAUUGCACCAAAAAGACAUAAGUAGUGGUUAUGGUGCUUGGAGUGUUUCUUAUACCUUCUCCUAAUGGCAUUUCUGAUUUUUCAUAUGCAAUGAUCAGGUGCUCCUUACAAGCAUGCCCUUAGGACCAUAGAUUUUAAGUAUGUGGAAGAAUAGUGAGCAUCUGGCAUGAUAACUCGGUCAUGCAGCAAUAAAUAUUACCUCUGUCAAGCUAAAGUGAGGCAAGCCACUGCAACUCUUUGUCAUUUAUUGACAUCUCUUCAUUUUCCCCCCUCACAUCCUCAGACAUCAUUUUGUGUGAAUGCACUAGUGUGUUCUGGCUCCACCGUCCUGACUCAGAUUAAUGAUGCCCUGGUAUGAUUGCCAUUUGUAGUGCUGAUACUGGAUAGUAUAUUUUUUUUUAUUGUAUUCAGUGUUCCUUUGUUGGCAUUUGACAAUAUUUUCUAAUUUGUCUUGUCCUCUGUUAUCCUCACCCAGAUUGUACACUCGACAAUGGUCUUUCUGGUGAUUCUGACUUCAGCUUGUUUCAAGCUACAAUUCUUGUCCUCCUGGAGAACUUUGUGUUAUGUCCAACCAUUGUAAGGACCAGUAAACCAAUAAGCUCUCUUUUGUACUCUGCUUUGCAAUUUUUCUAAGUAGGGAAUUGACCUAUUCGGAGUGUGUUGGGUGGUUUCUGCCAGAUUCCUGAGAGCAUCACGCACAGAUAACUCAAUUUCAUUGUUUAUCAACACUUCGUGGCUACCAGAACAGCGAGUUCCUAGCCAUUGUGACAUGCUGUGCAUUACCAAGACCCUUCUUACGAAGCCACACCAUCUAGCACAUGCACAAACCCCAGUCCCCUAACAGUCAAAAUGAUUCCUGGGUGGCUGAAUACUCUAGUCUAGGCCCUUGCCAAGCCACUGAAAUUAGCAACAAUUGCAAGGGAUGAUAUUUAUUAAAGUAACUGAUUAAAUAGCCUCCAGUCACAGGAUGGAAGAAGUGAAAGUAAUCUGUUUAUUUUCAAGCUUGCGUAGCCUGCCACUUUCUGUUCCAUAACCGUUGUGAUUGUGCUUUACAAUCAGCGCUAACCAUAAUUAUUUUGCUGUCGGUGAUUUGACUUUCCUUUCUCUGUAUAAUACGUUGACCAGGGUUAUGUUUAAUGUUAGUUAGGCCCCAGGAAACGUUCUUUCCGCAAUCCCUCGUGAAUAAUUCAUUAUAUUAACUUUGGGACAGAAUAUAGAAUGCAAGAUUUGUAUUGGUUUCUGCAGUCAUGGAGUAUGCAGUCAUUUUUAGGUACGUUACUAAGUAUUUAUUCAUUCUUUUCUUUUUUUCCUGAUAUUGAUUUUACCCAUUUGUCGUAUAUGUGCAAACCAGUUGUUUUAUUUAUAAUAACACAGAAUGAUUUGUGACAUUUUCUAAAAUGUUGUGCUUACACAUAUACCGGUAGUUUCCCAUAUUAAGCAGCUUUGGGUCCGAGAGAGUACAUGGUCCUUAUUAAAUACUCCUUAAGCACUCAAUGAAGUUUAAUAUUUACCACGAUUCUUGAUUGUGUGCUGGCAAAAUCUAAUAUGCAAUCUAACAGUAGGAAAUAUAUAUAUAUAUAUAUAUAUUUUUUUUAAUCUCUCCGGAGCAGUGUAGUGCUAUAUAAAAAUAUAAGUUCUGCCCUAAAAUGUAGUCUGUUUAGUGGACACAGUCCAUAUGCAGUUGCCUACUGGUCUUUGAUUGAUCAUAUUUGACUUGUAUCACAAUUACUGAGUCAGUUGUGUUCUUAUCAAAUUGACAAAAUGAUAAAGUGUUUCUCAAUAUUACCUCACAGUUUUCCUGUGUAUACAUAAUCUUUUUUUCACGAUUUUCCGAUAGCCUAGGGACAGGCUUAUCAACUAUUCACUAUGUGGUGCCCCACUGGGGGUUCAGGCACCUGUCAUGAUGAGAGAUUGAGACAUCUCCCUGUUUAAUUAUUUAAAAAAUGGUAAUGUACCAUCACGCAGUGACAAGAUUUUUUUGAAAAAGCCUUUGCAUUGGAAUAAUGAGCUCCUUUAUGCCCCAAAAAUUUGAUAAGGAAAAGAUUACAACAGAUAAAUGCGUGUGCCACGUAAAAGGUCGCAGUUAGGCAACCUUAAGGCACACCAGAUAAAUGCAGAUUUGACUACUUAAACAUUUCAAGCACGUUCUAUUGUGUUGCUGUAUGCAUUAAGAGUUGAGUCAAAUUUUUCUUGUGCCCCUCUAAGUUGUUGGUUUGAAACAAUGUAGUUAGCAAUAAGAUUCAAAUAAAAUCUUAACUGUGUUUGAAUAUAAUAGACAGGUGCUCCUUGUAAAAUGAAUUGCUUUAGAAUAUUGGAAUCUUAAUAAAACAAAAUAGAGUUAACAGUUUUGAAUUAAACCUUAUAAAGCUUAAAAUUGAACAUAGAUUUUUAAAGGCUUUACUUUAACUGUGAGAAAAUUGUUCUGAAUAACUCUCUCUAUAUAGUCCAUGUGUAUCCCAGGUAGAACUUUGAACUAGUUAGUGUUCCAUGUCAUUUAUGAUAGCACUGAGUCAGAACUCCCAAUACAUGUAUUAUAAUUUAGUACUAAGCCUACUUCCCUUUAAAUGUUGUAGUCACAAAGCGGUACUUAACUGUAUCUUCAGGAAAAUACUUCAGGAUAUUAAUUUCAGCACAUUCUAAAAUUUUAAAUAUUUUUAUCAAUAUGAAAAGCCCAGCUGAUGUGCAGAGGGCUUUUGGUGUGUUUUUUUUCCAAUUUCAUUUGUCUUUAUUGUAGUAUGUAGGCAAGUAGUGCAAUCAUAUGAGAAGAUAGUAUAGCUUUGUAUGUUUAGCAUUAUUCAGAUAUUUGUAGUACAUCAGUGAAAUUAAAAACAAUCGUUAAGACUAGAUUUAUACCAAUCUGCUUACUAUAUAAUGCUAAAACUGAUUUCAAAUGUAUAAUAUCAAGAUAUGAUCGAUGGGCUGAGUUGGGUGAUAUGAAUUCCACGUGUAGGUCUCUACCCUCAAAGAGGAUAUUGCCAGAGGACAUAAAUAGUAGCACAAGUAAAGGGAGAAAACAAUAAGAAUUAAACACAUCCAAAUGGAAACAAAAUGUUCAGUCUAGGAACAUUGCCCUACUCCCUUGUCCAGGUUUUCUGUUGAUCCCCAGCAGAGUAAAAAAGUCUAAUUUUACCAAUGUCUCCAGUCAGGAUAGCUGAAUACAUCUGUUUGUGGUUUCUUGGUUGGUAAGGAAUGUCUAAAGCAUUUAUAAAUUUGACAGCUACCUAAAAAAUGUGUACACAGGUGUUGCCCAUCUUCCUGCUUGAUGCUGAGUCUGUAUCCUGGUCCUCUUUGGUGAGGAUGAGAUGGCUUGGUCUCUCAGUAGCUGGAUAAUAGGCCUCUGUCUACACUAUUGCAACAUCAGCAAUGAAAGUAAGGGUGUGCUUCUCAAAGGUGUAAGAAGGUUACACAAUACUGCUUGCUUGUGUUUUUCUGCUUAAAAUAAUUAAAAUGUUUUAUGGGACCUCUCUGCAAGUGCUUUUGGCAAGUGCAUGGUACCCUUGUGGCUAUGUCUCUCCUGAUGAUGGAAUGAUCUGGCGGACAGUGCAUAUUUGUUUCUUAGCAUUGCUGUGAUGUCUGCCAUACUUUCAAGAAGCUGAUCAAUGACUGCACAAGUGCCCUGAUGCAACUUACCAGCUGAUUAUCCACAUAGCAUAUCAGUCUUCUAAUAAAGGUGUGGACUUGUGGAGGUUCCCUUCUGGGUGAGAUUUUGACUGGCCUUAGUCACUGUGGCUGGUGGAGUAAAUUCCCAUAUAUGGGUUAUUAGUCUUGGAAUCCUCUCUUUUGAGAUUGAAUUUAAUUACCAUUGUGUCCUUUUAGAUUGUAUACCAGAAACACCAAGGAUAAUUUCAGAAAAAAGUUGUAUUUUAGAGUAAAAAAGCUCUCCUCAGAACUCGAGGUAAGCAUGUCAGCUUUUUUCAGUGACCACCCCUCAAAGGUUUCUUCUUUUUCUCCCUCAGUCCACUUCCACUUUUCCUUUAUCGACUUUCUCUUAACUCUAGUUUAACUCUAAUUCCCUAAUUGGCUACAUGCAAGACACCAUAAAGGGCAGAUGUUCAAGUCCUUUUUAUUUCUACUUUGUUCACAAGUCCAGGACUAUGGACAGCUAUUGUUUAAAGGGAUUCUAUAGUGUAAGGCAGCGUUUCCCAAUUGGUGUUCCGCGGAACCCCAGAACAUAAAUGGGGUUCUGCCAAAAUUUCAGGAAACAAAAUGGCCUCUGCGAUAAUUUAGGAGGGCGGCGAGGGAGCACUCUCCCCUGCUCAACUCCCUUGUGCGCACAGCAGUGAUGCCGGAGCCGAUAUAUGACAUCACUCUGGCUCCACUAAGAGGCGCACGAGGCAGCUGAGCAGGAAGAUCUCUGCUCCCUCAUCACCCGCACUGUACGCCCACACGCCAGCCGCUAGGCUCAGCAGCCCCGCUGAACCCCAGGGACUGCACGCCAGCCACUCAGCCCAGCAGCCGCACUGGACCCCAGGGACUGCACGCCAGCUGCUCAGCCUAGCAGCACCACUGGACCCCAUGGAAAUAGAGAUUCCGUGCCAGCACUCCCAAAUUGUGUGUGUCUGUUAAGGAGUUUGUAUGUGUGUUUGUCAGUGAGUCUGUGUGUGUAUGUGUGUUUGUCACUGAGAGUGUAUGUGUGUUUGUCAGUGAGAAUCUAUGUGUGCUUGUCAGUGAGAGUGUAUAUGUGUGUCUUUUAAAGAGUGUGUGUGUCAGUGUGUGUAUCUGUGUGUCCAGAUUUGUGUAUGUGUCAGUGUGUGUGUGAGUAUGUGUGUAUUGGUGUGUGUGUGUAUCUGAGUGUGUCAGUGUGUGUAUAUGACACUGUGUGUAUGUGUCAAUGUGUGUGUAUGUGCCAGUGUUUGUAUAUGUCACUGUGUGUAUCUGAGUGUGUGUGUAUUUGUGAGUCAAGAUGUGUGUGUGUGUCACUGUGUGCAUCUGAGUGUGUGUAUGUGUAUCUGAGUUUGUGUAUCUGUGUGUCAUGGUGUGUGUAUCUGUGUGCCACUAUGUGCAGGGCCAGACUGGAAAUGAAAAGCAGCCCUGGAAAAAAAUUCUAUACCAGCCCCAUAAUGCAUUGCGCCAGCAGAGAAAUAAUGCACUCAUAGGGCUUCAAAAUAAAUAAAAGAGCAGAUUUCUUGUAAGCAGAUGUGCAUUUGCAUAUAAUCAAUGUUUCAGUCCAUUUUUUUGAUAUAUUAAGAAAAGUUUGGUCAUUUGGACUGAAAUUGUGAAUGUAUGCUAUUGCACCGCAGUAAAAAAAAAAUGUUAUCUUGUUUUUUUUAAAGUAAUAAGAGUGUACUCUUUGGCUGACAACUGGAUGAUCUCAGUCAAUGCCAAUUCAAUUCCCAUAGGAAAGCAUUGGGAGGCUUUUGAACAUGUGUGGCAAAAUGCUGCGCUUCACCGCACCAAUCAGCAUCUCCUCAUAGAGAUGCAUUGCAUGCAUCGAUCAGCACCUCCAUGCACAGUGUGCAGUAUUGGACUAGGAAGCAUCUCUAGUGGCCGCUCGAGUGACUGUCACUAGAGAUGUGCCUAGGCAGCAAUGUAGACACUGCCUUUUCUCUGAAAAGGUAGCAUUCACAGUGCUCAGCCUUCAGGGACAGGCUAUAGACACCAGAACCACUACAUUAAACUGUAGUAGUUCUGGUGACUAUUGUGUCCGUUUAAUACAAUGUCUUUCUCUCACCGGUCGACUCCUAGUUACAGGGAGAGCAGGAGAUACAAGUGAAGAUGCAUUUUGUUUGUGUCUUUCUCCCCCAAACUCCUUUCAUAUGCCUCUUACCCCCAGCCCCAUUGUCUCUUUCUCCCUUUCCCCAGUCCUUCUGUGGGUCUCUUUCCCAGGCCCCAGCACAUCUAUGUGUAUCUUUCACCACAGCUCCUCUGUGUGUCUCGUUCUCCCCUUUCCCAGCCCCUCUGUGUGUCUCUUGUUCAUCUUCCUCAGCUCCUCUGUGUGUGUCUCCUGUUCCCCUUUGCCAACCCCUCUGUCUUUUUCUCCCCAGCCCCUCCAUGUGUCUCAUUACCCCACAGCCCUCCAUGUGUCUCAUUCCACCCUCUCCAGUCUUUGAUGUGUCUCAGUAGCCCCCACAUGUGUCCCAUUAGACCCCAGCCCUCGAUGUGUUCUAUUAGCCCUCCCUCCAUCCAUGUAGCCCCCAGCCCUCCAUGAGUCCCUACACCCCCAUGUCCAAUUAGUCCCCCAGCCUUUGUGUGUCCUAUAAGCCCUCCCUCCCAGCCCUCCAUGUGUCCCUAUAGCUCCCUCCCAGCCCUCAAUGUGUCCCAAUAGGCCCCAUAUGUGUCCCAUUAGCCCCCAGCCCUCGAUGUGUCCUAUUAGCCCUCCAUCUGUCCAUAUAGCCCCCCAGCCCUCCAUGUGUCCCACUAGCCCUCCCUCCCAGUCCUCCAUGUGUUCCUAUGUUCCCUCCCAGCCCUCCAUGAGUCCCUACACCCUCUCCCAGCCCUGUAUGUGUCUUAUUAGCCCUCCCACGUGUCUCAGUAGCACCCCCAUAUGUCCCAUGAGCAGGGCCGCCAUCAGGGGGUGACAACCAUGACGGUUGUCAUGGGUCCGGCGGUCUUUCUCUGCACAUAUAUAAAGCGAUGAUCGCUAUAUAUAUGUGCAGCUGCAGGCCCCCGGCUCCCUGUACUUGCAGAGGGGGCCCAGCAGACUGCAGCUGUACAUAACAGCUCUUCCCUCUCUCUAACUCCCGCGAGACGUGCGGCCGUCAGAGCGUUGCCCGGGGGGGCCCCACAAUGCCACCGGACCACCAUGGAUCAUGGAAUCUCCCCCCUUCCUGAACCAGGUAAGAAGCAGGGAGGGGGGCAUAGAUUUUAUUACAUUUAAUGUGGGUGGAGGGGAAAAUGCUCCAUUUACACAACAUUCAUACACUAGUAAACACACACACUCUGCAUUCACUACACUAACACACUGCAUUCACUACACUAACACACUGCAUCCACUACACUAACACACACUUUGCAUCCACUACACUAACACACACUGUGCAUUCACUACACUAACACACACUCUGCAUUCACUACGCUGAAACACACUCUGCAUUCACUACACUAACACACACUCUGCAUUCACUACACUAACACGCACUCUGCAUUCAUUACACUGACACACACUCUGCAUUCACUACACUGACACACACUCUGCAUUCACUACACUAACACGCUGCAUCCACUACACUAACACACACGCUGCAUUCAUUACACUCACACACACUCUGCAUUCAUUGCACUAAUAUACACUCUGCAUUCACUACACUAACACACUGCAUCCACUACACUAACACACACACUGCAUUCACUACAUUGACACACUCUGCAUUCACUACACUAACACACUGCAUCCACUACACUAACACACUGCAUCCACUACACUGACACACUGCAUCCACUACACUGACACACACUCUGCAUUCACUUCACUAACACACUGCAUUCACUACACUAACACACUGCAUUCACUACACUGACACACACUCUGCAUUCACUACACUAACACACACUCUGCGUUAACCAUACACACAGCAUCCACUACACAAACAUCUUGUAUUCACAGUACACACAUUACAUCCACCACACAUUCAAACACGCUGCAUUCACUAUACAGAGACACUGCGUCUAUACACACUACAACAUCCACUACAGACUGCAUCCACUAAACACAUUGCAUCUAGUACACACAAGACCUUGUGCUUUGUCAGGGGCCCCAAAAUUUCUGGCGGCAGCCCUGCCCCUGUAUGUCCAAUUAGUCCUCCAGCCCUCUGUGUGUCCUAUUAGCCCUCCCUCCCCGCCCUCCAUGUGUCCCUAUAGCUCCCUCCCAGCCCUCAAUGUGUCCCAAUAGGCCCCCUCCCAGCCCCAAUGUGUCCCACUAGCCAUCCCUUACAGCCCGCAUAUGUCCCAUUAGCCCCCUCCCAGCCCACUAUGUGUUCUUAUAGCCCCUCAAUGUGUCCCAUUAGUCCCCCCCCCAGCCUUCCAUGUGUCCUUAUACCCCCUUCCCGACCCUCCAUGUGUCCUUAUCCUCCUUUCCCAGCCCUCCAUGUGUUGUUAUAUCCCCCUCCCAGCCCUCCAUGUAUCUCAUUAAUUGCACUCCCAGCUCUCACUGUGUCCCAUGAGUUUCCCCCACCCCAGCCCUCCCUUUCUCCCAUGUCCCCCCAGCUCUCCCCUCGCGGUCCUUAUUGCUUCCCCCAGGCCCCUCUGUGUCCCAGGCUUCUCCCCCCCCAGCUCUCCCUGUGUCCCAUUGCCCCUGUGUGCCUUUGUGUCCCAUAGUUCCCUCUCCAGCCUCCCCGUGUCCCAUGUCCCUCUGCUCCUCGCAGUGUCCCACAGCGCCCCCCAGGGGUCUCCCCUGUGUCCCUUAGUCCCCCAGCCUCCCCGUGUCCUUAGUCCCCCCAGCCUCCCCGUGUCCACCAGUCCCCUGUGCCUCCCUGUGUCCUACUAAUCCCCAGCUCUCCCUGUGUCCCAUUAGUUCCCUCAGCUCUCCCUUUUCCAACUAUUUCCCCACGCUUCUCCUCUCCCCAGCCUCCAUGUGUCCCACCAGCCCCCAGCUUCCUGUGUGUCCCAUAGUUCCCAGUUUCCCUAUGUCCCAUUAGUUCCCCCCAAGCUCUCCCGUUCUCCCAUUAGUUCCCCCCAGCUCUCCCUGUGUCUACUUAGUCCCCCCAGCUCUCCUUGUGUCCCAUUAGCUCCCCCCAGCUCUCCCUGUGUUCCAUUAGUUUCCCCCCAGCUCUCCUUGUGUCCCAUUAGUUCCCCCCAGCUCUCCCUUUCUCCCAUUAGUUUCCCCCCUGCUCUCCCUUUCUCCCAUUAGUUCCCCCAGCUUUCCCUGUGGAACAGGAGCUCCUCUACUGCGGUCUGCCUGCUCAGCCACGCUGCAUUCUGUGACUGGCAGGAGGGGAGCGCGUCCUCUCCUACUGGCCACCCGGUAAUUGCGCCGUGCGGACCACGGGCCGGUGCACACUAGACGGCCGCACACUGGCCUGCUAGUUAGCCGGCCCACCGGGAAAUUUCCCGGUAUCCCGGUGGGCCAGUCCAGUUCUGACUAUGUGCCAGUGUGUGUGUAUCUGUGUGUCACACACACACAAACAGAUACACAUUGACACUCAGAUACACACAUCUUGACACACAUAUACAUACAUACACACACAGAUACAUAGAUACACACUGUGUGUCGAGGUGUGUGUAUCUGUGUGUCAGAUUGUGGAUCUGUGUGCCACUAUGUGCCAGUGUGUGUAUCUGUGUGUCAGAUACAUACACACACACACACACACACACACAGAUAUACAUUGACACACACUGGCACAUACAAACACAGAUACAUAUACCUUGACACACAAACACACACCAGCACCGCGCGGGUUUCUACGAUGUUGAUACACUAUGUCAAAGGGUUCCACGGGAAAAAUGUAUUGGGAACCCCUAGUGUGAGAAAUACAAAGUUUUAUUCCUUACACUAUAGUUCCUCUGCCACACCCCUCCCAUUCACCCCUUUUAACCCAGCACAUAAAGAAUUACAUUUAAAAAAAAAUCAUUUACCAGAUUCCAUCAGCAAUAUCACUCGGCCCUGGGUCUGUGCUCCGAUUCCUCAAACGUAAUUCAACAGGGGGGGCAGCUUCAGUUAGGUGACCUAAAGUCUGAUAACAUCCCAGAUGUGCCAAGAGUUUGGAAUAUUUCUCGGGGGGUGUUUGUGGGAGGGCGUUGUUUGUGAUCAACUCAGGUAGGCCGCGGAUGCGGAUGUUAUUUCUCCGGGACCUGUUGUUAAGGUCUUCCAGGACCUCUUCCAUAGAUUGUAUCUUCCCAUGGAGGUAUGCUAUGUCCUGGGCUUGCGCUGUGGUAGUCAUGGAGAGGGUGGUAAUCUGGAUUUCUGCUUGAUCCGUCCUGCAUGCCAGGGCUGUGAGAUGUGUUUUUCUAACUCUGUGGCCACUUGGUGAGGGGAGCGUCAUGAUUAAGGUGAUUUCACUCCCGUCCGAAUCAGUAUCGUGGUCUUCCACUUCUUGGGAGCAAAAUGUCUACCGUGGGUCUUUAGGUGUGCGGAAUAGCGAGGCCACCUAUGGUGUUUGUUCCCUAGUUUUUUCCCUCCACCCAUCUUUGUGAGCGUUCUUUGGAUGGUGGUGAGGUUGACCACUUAUAAAUUGGGGAGUUAAGUGUGGUUAGAUCACGGAUGUUUGCUGAUUUUGUGCUCGUGGGAUUAGGAGCUACAGGAAGCAUCCAUCUUCUCCCGAGGUCAGGUUCUGCCCCUAAAAUAUUAUUUUUUUAGUUAUCCUCUUCCAAAUGAUUGGAUAGUUGCCAACCAUUUUUUUUACUCUAAAUAAGAGUUAUACAAAAGACAAUAAAAGAGUUUCUAUGCCAACGGCAAUGAUUUAUAAAAGAGCCCACCGUCUCCAUAAAUUAAAUAUCCUUAUAACUGACCUAAUAGCCAAUAACCAACCUGUUUAGUGAUAGAUGGCAAAAAAGGAAGGUACUCUUACUUCUCCUCUGUAUGUCCAAAGAUGUGAAAUGUGCACAUUUACUAACUAACAAAGCUUCUACACAGCUAACUUAUAUCUGCUUAUAAGCACCCCCUUUGCUGCUGGAUCAGCGUCCAUUUUUUGUGGAAAAAUGUUUUCAAUUCUGUGUUGGAUGGAACUUUGUUGUAGCAAUCUGACCCCAUUCAGUCACAAGUGUGUUCCUGAAGUCAUGUACUUGUGUUUGGCAAUCAGAUUUUCCAUGUACGUGCUAUCCUUGUUCAUUCAAAAAUAUCCCCGUUCAUUCAACAACUGUUCAAUCAGAAUGAGCCUUGAGAUCAGGAAUCUGUACCCAACUAUUGUCUAAAAAUGGCGCUAAAAACAUGAUAUAAUGCUGAAAUCAUUCAAAACUGAUUCCACUAAUUAUCUUCAAAUUAGUACAAAAUUGAAAUGUACGUGCACAGGUUUAAGAAAAAUAAUGCCUUAAAUUAAGUGAUAAGAUUUGUGUUAUAGUUAAAUUACAGUUCUCAUACUUUAGAAUUUCAUAACAGCUCAACAUGCAUGAAAACAAAUUACACAGUAUAAUUCUGCAUAAAAUAUUAAAAAAAUCAUCCAUUUCUUGAAGUGCCCAACAAAUAUAUCUGGUGUUGAGGAUGUUUUUUGGGUGAGUUUGGAGCCUUGUAGAAUGUGCUGCAAAAGAUAACUUAUUUUGGUUACAUCAAUAUUCAUCAACCCCAAUCGGUGAGUUUGUGUAGACUACAACUUUGUGAAAUUAACAGACUCAUUGGUUAUAAAGAUUUCAUGUUCAAAGUCACUACUCUGUGUGCAUACUACUGCCAAUGCUUUACUCUGGAGUGCAAUAAUUAGUUUUUUCAGGUUAUGCAGAUGUAGUCAUUAAUGUUUCGUAUUCAUUAUAGUUUAAAUACGUAUCAAUGUAUUGUAAAUACUCUGAAUGGUGCCCCUGAACGUUCAGUGUUAUUCCAAGCAAUAUAUUUUAUAUUAUUUUUUUAUUCUUGUAAUGAUUUUCAUUAAAGCAUUGUUCUUCCCUUCCAAAGACUUAUGAUUGCCAUUUACAGUAGGAUAUAACAAAUAAUAAAAUUUUAUAGAGGGGAAAUCAGUUUAACUUCAUUAAUGGUCCAGCUUUGCAUUGUGUAAUAACACACAUGAACCAGAUUUCAAGGUCAAUGUUAUCCAGCACACUACACGGAUAAUUUCAUAAACACUCUAAAUAGAAAGAUUUCAGGAGCCAGUUUCUGCUGAGCAGCAGUGAGUGACUGACUAGCCUGUGCGUUGUUGUACACAAAAUUAAAACUUAAUUUGGAACAAGAAAUAAUUAGUUUAGAUUUAUACCAUUAUUAUUUUAUUUAUAAAGUUACAGUCGAUUCUGCAGAGCUAUGCAUUUUAAGACAAUGAAAUGUUAAUGAAGCAGGACAACUGAAUUAUUAAAAGACAUUUAAAAGCCUGUUGGAUGCUUACCAUAGAUAGAACGAACACAUGUCCUUACGUGACCUUUUCUCUUCCAUUUUUCUUUUCAGCCCUGUCUCUAUAGCGGGGAUCGGUACCCUGGUUCUGCUUGGUUUACUGCUCUUGUUAGUAUUUUUUGUCCAAGGAGAUCCUCCUAGUGACCCUCUGUUCUAUGGUAAGUUGCAGCCUAUUUAUAACUUUUUUUUUUAUAUAUAUAUUUUUUUAAAUGUUUGUUUAUUACAUUUUUUAAAUAUAGAAAAGUACUGUAUGCAGACACGUAGGUACCUUCACAUUGCAAAAUAUCCUGGCAAGGGAUAAAACAUUAAAAGCGUAACAGAGACACGCAGGUCUCAAUAAUCUGGUGUAAAAAACACGUAACAUGUGAGACACGCAGGGCCCAUGAAACAUAAAAUGUUAAGUAUUGACAUGUAACAGGUAAACAUAUGCUCUAAUUUCUGAUUCGUCUAGUGGUUCAGCGAGUAUUGCUUACACCUGAGCAUCUUCCCUUGUUUUGUAUCAGGUUAUUGGUAAGGUGUUCAGUGAUGGGAGAAGAACUGAAAAGGUAGGGGAGAAAAAAAGAGAAGGAAGAAACAUAGAGUGAAAAAAAGGGAGGGGGAAGAUGGGCUCAAGAACAAGGGGCGUUUGGUGUUGUCCUGGUGGCCCUACAUCUGUCUAGUCUGGAGAGUUUUGCAGUCUAGGUGCAAAAUCAGCAGCAGCAGUUGUUAUGUACGCUUUUAUCCCAAAAUUACAAUGAACUAUAUGCUCUCAUAAUCCAUAAUAAUUAAUUAUUAUCGUUUGAACUUUAUUUACAAACCCCAGCAGAAUGGUUAACAGCCAACAACAAAUACUUAUAAUUAUUUGGGAUAAGGUAGUUAAUUUUUGUUACAGUUACGGUAUAUAUAUUUUUAUAUAUAUUUUAAUAUGUUGAAAAUAUUAUUUUAAAAUUGUAUCCAAAAAUACAAAAUCAUUUGGCAAACUUUUCUAAUGAUAUUAAACUGAGGCCUAUAUUUGUACAGGGAAACAGAUAAGAGAUUUUUUUCCAUAUAGUAUUGUGGAGUGAAAAAUGAAUUGCAAAUUUGCAAAGCCGUGACUAUAGCAGAGCUAGGAAAUAUUCCAUAUCGGUAAUUGUGGCCUACAUUUUCCAAUUCCAUUUUCAGUUCACUGCAAUUCACUACAGUGAAUAAAGCCAUUUAUUACAGUUAAUGCAGUCAGCAAACUGUGCAAGUGAACACAAAUAUUGGGUCAUAUAAAUUUCUAUGACAGGGGUUGAUAACUUUUGUUGUAGAUGUUAUGGAUUAAAUCUCCUUAAAUGCAUAGGUCACUUCAGAAAGCAAUGAUUUUGGUUACAGUAUACCUUUCUGAUUUGGUCCGUACCCUUGUUCCGGGCUGGCUAAUGACACGGCUCUAAGUGGAGUUACACCGCCAGCAGUUUAAGGGUUAAUCUCUGAGUGUACAGUGUUUCAAAGCAAAACGUUUCACGUACAGACUUCAGGUACCAUGACCACUUCAAAUCAAUGAAGUAAUUGUAGUGCUUUGGACUAACCCUUCGAGACCCAUCUUGGUUAUUAGGGAGUCCUGUGAAGCCUCAAUCAAUUUUAGAGACAGCUGACAGAUUUUUGAAUUGUUUCGGUUUAAUGUAUGUUUUAUAGCUGUAUUAGAAAUCAGCACUGAAAGUGUAACAGUAGUGACAAAUGAAAAAAAAUGUACAUAUUUAGGGCUUAAAUAUGCCGAUAUGUUUGUGUGAUAGUUGGCUACAUGAGGUUAGCACAGACAGAGGUUAGGUGGGAUUUAUGCAGGAAGGCUGACAUACAAUUUGAGAGCGUUAAACCCCAAUGCAGCACAUGAAAUUGCCAAUCGUUAAAUGUGAUUUUUGUUUGACAUAGAUAUAUAUAUAUAGAUUAGAAGGUGUUUUAAAAUAUGUAGAUGUGUGUUUGCAUGUGCCAUAAAAACGCAGGAUUCCAUAUAACUGUCUAUUGCGUUCAGGAAAUUUUCUGCAUAUUAACCCACAGCAAAACGAAAUCAAAUCAGGGAUAUUAAGUACACCUGUUAUUAUCAGGCAUUUAAGCAAAAAUUAUGCAGAUCAGCUAUUAUUCCUGUAAUUUGCAAAUUUGUCAAUUCUCCACAAACCCUGAGAUGACGAACUGCAGGAGCUCCGGCUCUCCUGGCUUCUGAGAGGAGGUGGAGAGCAGCGCCCGGCAAACCCUUGGUAAGAAUUCAAAUCAUUCUAAAACAGUUUGACUAUUUACUGUGGGGAGUGUUCCCUAUAUAGAUAGUAUAAAUGUUAAUAAUGUUAGCCACAUAUUUAAAAUUGUCAUGUUAUGCUUAACAACGUCCAUACCACCUCAGCUACAAUGUCCUAAACCUUUACAUUCUCUCCCAUACAGUGUUUGCGAUUUUCUCCUUCACAAGUGUCAUUGAUCUUAUCAUAUGGCUGGAAGAAGAUGGGUACAUCAGUGGCUUCAUGGAGUUUUAUAUGAAAGAGGUGAGGGGUGGGUGACUCUUGGAAACACAGGUUGAUAAAAACCAGCUGGGCCCGUCUUGUCUGCCUGUUAUGGUUAUGACUUAAAUUCCUUUAAAGGGACACUAUAGUCACCAGAAUAACUACAGCUUAAUGUAGUUGUUCUGAUGAGUAUAAUAGCUCCCUUCAGGCAUUUUCAUGUAAACACUGCCUUUUCAUUGCUCUGCAUGGAGACGCUGAAUUUUCCUCAUAGAGAUGCAUUGAUUCAAUGCAUCUCUAUGAUGAGGUGCUUUUGGCCCUGCCCCGUGCUGAUUUUAGCCAAUCCAAUGCUUUCCCUAUGGGAAAGCAUUGGAUUGGCUAAAAAUAUGCCAUUUUGAUUAUGUCACAAAGGGGGCAGAGCCAGCGCUGGAGGACCCGCACGGCGCUGGAAAUAAGGUGAGUUUUAAACUUUUAUAGGGGGCUAAGGGGGGGGCAAGCCACCUAAAUGGUGGGUUUAGCACUAUAGGGUCAGGAAUACAUGUUUGUGUUCCUGACCCUAUAACGAUCCUUUAAUGUUCAAUUCUACAAUGCUACAUUCUAUCUACUAUAUACACCACUUUAAUACUAUGUUCCAUUCUUAUAUUGUACUAUAUAUAUAGAACAUGUAAAGAUUUAUAGAAGACAUAACUUUUAUUGAGGGAGUAUGUGUUUGUAUGUAAACCUAUAUAUUUAUUACAUGUAUUAUCAAGCUCUGGGUCAAUAUUUCUGCCUAUAACAAAUGUUACGUGAGAGAUAUUGCACUUGAAUAUGUGCUAUGACCCUACAUGAGUCAGAUAUAGAAAUAUAAAUGACCAUUACAGAAAAAACUGGGUGUAUAGAACAUUUAAAGGCAUCUGCCUCCCGACACAUAAUUAGAGCAUAUAACUUUUAUAUUCUUCUGUGUGGAACAAAUAUGACAUGUGGCAUGAUCGCUUUAGAGCAUGAUUAAUAAUUUCUUUUUUUUUUAAAUUCUUUAUUUUGUCAUACAGGUGAGUACAAUAAACAUAAGCAUACGCUACAACAGCGUACGUGUGCGUGUGAACAAAUCGAGCAUUAGUUCUGAUAAUACAAGUGUUGAUCAUGCGCGAUCCUGGAUACUCAAUAGUCGUCAAGCGCCAUAUCGUUUAACAGGAAAAUGAAUACAAUAGUAACAUCGGUGCAUAAGAACGCAUUUACAGAACAGAUAAAAACUCUAGAUUGAAUAGCUUAGUAAAAACGUGGCAACGCUUCCUCUCUAAAUUAUAGUAUGCUGCUGUGUCUCCGAACUAGCAAGGUUGGCAGGAAAAAUAAGGCAGUAGUAACAACAGAAUUAAGACGGAUAUGAUGCAUGAAGUCCGAAUACAGGAGCAGUAUUAUUGAUUGACAUUUGGGACAUAAACUGUAAAGCUCAAUUCAAGGUCUCAUGCACACGUGUCAAUAUUAUGGUGCCAACACUGGGAUUCAGUUUCUAGUGCCUGAUGCAGUACAGAUCAGGGGGCGAUUCCUUGAAUCCAGGCUUCCACUCGGAGCCUCCCAUAGAAGUGAACCCCAGGGGAAAUUAUGAGGUCGGAGUUAGCCUAAUGGGUUGGGUCUGUUUGUGUGUCCCCUAGGUCGGGUAUGGGUUAUGUCUGUGUCUAGUCACCUUGAUGAAUUGUUAAUCUAUUGCUUAGCUCCUAUCCGCUCAGUAGUUAGUUAUGUCCUACCUCGAUGACAUGUUCUCCAUGCGUCAGAGCCUGUUCUGCCGCUGUCUUUCAGUCUUGUGUAAGUCGGAAGAUCGUGUCAGUAGAACUAUCUACACGUCAUGGUAAUAUCUUGUGCGUCAACGUGUUCGAGCCCUCCCGGUUCCGACCCCCUCGGCCGCAAGCCGCACCGCCCCCGCGGUGUCCCUUAGUGAAGUUACACGCAAGCAGUAGUUGUAGCAGGUAUAAAAAGGGGGGAGGAGUAGGAGGAAAAGGAAGGGGGUGUGGAAGGGUCUUUGAGCAGUUUACAUCGGAGUGCGCCCGGGCAUCCCCAACCCCCGGGUGUCGCAGUGAGCUCGUGCCUCUCUAAGUUCUGGUACGGGAGAGAUAAACAUACCAUGGGGUCCAGAUGUCGACAUGUCUGGUGCUUCUCCCUAGUAGUUCUGCGUAUCGUGCCUCAGCUGUGUGUGUUUCCUCAACUCUCUGUAGCCAUUCUGCUACGGUUGGUGGGUGGAUCUGCUUCCACUUAGCUGGUAUAGACGCUUUCGCAGCAUUGAGCAGGUGUCUCAGUAUCGAUCUCUUAUAUUGGGCUAUCGAGCUUUCCGUAAAGUGUAGUAGGGCCAUUUCCAUGGUAAAUUCUGGUAAGUCACCCACGAUUGUCGUUAUCUCCCUCUUGAUGUCUUCCCAGUAUGGUUUAAUCCGCGCGCAGUCCCACCAGAUAUGUCGUAGGGUGCCUGUUUGGGAUUCGCAUCUCCAGCACGUAUCUGUCGUUCCCGGGAAUAUCCUGUGUAAUAGAGAUGGGGUUCUGUACCAGUGUGAGAGUAAUUUGAAGUUGACCUCCUGAUACCUUGUGCUUAUGGAGCUCUUGUGUUGUAAUAUUAAUAUCUGCUCCCAUUGCGCCUCUGUGUACGUCCUUGCCGUCAGUUCUUCCCAUUGCCUCUUAAAUGCAUUUUUACGUGUGCGAUCCCCUGUGAUCAACUGCUGGUAAAGGAUUGAUACUCUGCCGUCUGUGUCGGUGUUUGUCACGCAGAGGUGUUCGAACCACGACUGUUCUCUGUGGAUCGCUUCACGGUUGGGAAGGUUGUAGUAGAAGUGCCGCAAUUGUGUGUAUCGAAAUCUGUGCAUCAGCGUGUGUAGUGUCGCCGUGCUCCAUUCUGGCAGGUUUCUCAUUCCUGUGUUGCUCAGGACCUUGGACAACGGGAUAUAAUCUCCGUCUCCAUCUAUCGGCCAGGCAGAUCGGUGUAGUCCCCCGCCUAUCAUGCUAUUGUGUGUUAUCGGGAUCAAGGGGCUUGGUUGUGGGGAGAUAUAUAGGUUUCGCCUCAGGGAAGACCACGUCUUCAGCGUUUGUACGAUGGGUGAUUCAUUGCCCAGUUUUGGUGCCGCGUCCGCUGUGCCUUGCCAUAUAUACAUGUGGAGGGCCUUGUUCGUACUCUCCCUGUCCAAGGCAGCCCACAAUUUGUGUUCAGGUGCUGUGUGCCAAUCUCUAAUCCGUUGUAAAACCGUGGCCUGAAAAUAUUUGCGAACGUCGGGCAGCGCCAGUCCGCCCCAGUUCUUGGGUAGACACAAUUUGUCGUAGCUGAGUCGUGCUCUCUCUCCCUUCCAGACAUAUUUUAUCACCGCCGAUUUAAGUGUUGUAAAGAAUUCUGGGGGUACGUGCCAGGGGAUGGUGUAAAAAUGGUAAAGCAACCUUGGUAGAAUAUUCAUUUUAACCACCGCUAUGCGUCCCUGCCAGGAUAUGUGGUCAAAGUUCCAAUUUUUGAGGUCGAGCAGUAUUGUGCGUAGAAGGGGCGUGUAGUUUCUGGCAUAUAUCUCUUUUGGUUCGCUGGGUAUCCAAAUUCCCAGGUAACGCAUCUGGCCUGGGCACCAGUGGAAGGGGAAUUCGCGUUCGAUCCGUUCCCUUACAGCUGUUGGGGCCGACACGUUCAACAGUUCGCAUUUAGUUUGAUUUAGCUUCAGUCCCGAUACCCGGCCGUAUAUGUCAAAUUCCUCCAUCAGAGCCGGCAUGGAGUUGAUAGGGUUGUCGAUAAAAAAGAGCAUGUCAUCUGCGUAUGCGGCUACCUUAUGUUCCUGGUCCUUAUGUCUAAACCCCCUAAUCUCUGGGGUUUGCCUUAUCCUGUCCAAGAACGGCUCCAACGAGAGGGCAAAUAGGAGCGGCGAUAGCGGGCAGCCCUGCCUGGUGCCAUUGUGUAUGGUAAAGCUGUCUGUGAGCGCGCCAUUCACCCUCACUCUGGCAUUAGGGUUAGCGUAGAGCGCCUCUAUCCAGGCUAUCAUUCCCGGUCCUAGGCCGACCUUAUGCAGUGUUGCCAUCAUGAAGCUCCACGUUACCCGAUCAAAUGCCUUUUCAGCAUCUGUGGAGAGCAUUAGCAACUCCGUGUCUCCCUUAAGGGCCAAUGCCUGUAUAGAGAACGCCCUUAGAGUGCAGUCCCUGGCUUCCCGGCCUGUCACGAAACCUGUUUGGUCAGGGUGGAUUAGGCGCUGGACAUACGUUUGUAGUCUUGUGGCGAUGAUUUUGGAGAAGAGUUUCACAUCCGUGUUAAGGAGUGAGAUCGGCCGGUAACUGCCGCAAUUUUCGGGAUUUUUGCCUGGCUUGGGUAGCACCGUAAUUGUGGCAGCUAGUGUUUCUUGGUGGAACUUGUCACCCUGUUGGAGUCGGUUGAGGGCUGCUGUUAAGUGUGGAUUCAAAAUGCCUCCAAACAUUUUAUAAUACCCCGCCGAUAGCCCAUCCGGACCUGGCGCUUUCCCCCUCUUCGCUGCCUUAAUUGCCGCUUGUAUUUCUUCUAUGGUGAUUGGGGUUUCCAGCAUUUCCGCUUCCUCCGGCGUGAGGGCGUCCGGUCGAAAUCUUUGUAAAUAGCGCGUUGUGGCUUCCUGCAGAGCGGCACGUUGAGUGUCGGGCGUCGACGAGGUGUUGUAUAGUCGUUGAUAAUAAUCACGGAAUUCGUUUGCUAUAUCCUCCGGGAAUUGUGUGAGGGUGCCAUUGGUCCUUCUCAGUGCAUGUACCUGCGCCCUGGCUUGUUGCGGUCGGAUCAUGUUGGCCAGGAGUCUCCCACUUUUAUUGGCGUGGAUGUAGAAGAAGGCUUUAGAUUUCUGCGUCGCUCGAUGGUGUUUGCGUGCUAUCAGUUCUGUCAAUUGUCGUCGUGCGUCUAAAAGACAGCGAUAGUGUUCCUCGAGUUGUGACCGUUUGUGCAGAGUUUCCAAAUUGGAAAUCUGGCCGGUAAGUUCCAGCAUGUGUUGCUGUAUUUCCUUCUUCUUCCGUGAUGCAAUCCUUAUGAGGUGGCCCCGAAGCACACUUUUGUGUGCUUCCCAGAGUGUCACUUUAGAAACGUCUUCCGUAUCAUUCUCAGUGAAGUAGUUGGACAGGUGUUCCGUCAGGAGUGUCUUUACUCCCAAGUCCAACAAGAGUGACUCAUUCAAUCUCCAUGUCGAUUUAGAGGGUCUGAAGAGAGGGGAGUCCAGGUGUACUUGUACUGCGCUGUGGUCCGACCAUGGUGUUGGUUCAAUUUCGGCUGAUCGCAGACGUUGUAACCCUUCCUGCUGAAUGAGGAUGUAGUCGAUACGCGAAUGUCUCCUGUGAAUGGCCGAGUAGUGCGUAUAAUCUCGAGUCGUCGGGUGUAAGGUUCGCCACGCAUCCACCAGUCUCAGGUCUAACAGCGUCUUCCUUAUCGCCCUGAUCGCGGUUUGUGGUAUGCUGCUGUGUCCGGUCGAUGAGUCGGAUAGUGGGUCGAGUGGCGCGUUAAAGUCCCCCCCUAUGACAAGCGAACCUUCCGUGAACGUUGCCAGUUGGCGAAUCGUUUUGUUCAGAAACGUCGCCUGCUUUGCAUUUGGCGCAUAGAUUGAUGCGAAGGUGUAAAUUCUUCCAGAUAUAGUGCCUUUGAGAAAAAGGUAUCUGCCGUUUGGGUCCGUGAGUUGGUCCGUCUGGGUGAAUUGGAUAUUAGCGGCUAUCAGUAUCGCCACUCCUGCCCUUCGGUCAGUAGGGUGGGUGCUGUGGCAGUUGGUUGGAUACCGUCUGUCCUUCAGUCUGUUGGUGUCCACCGAUUUGAGGUGCGUUUCCUGCAGCAGAGCCACUGAGAUCCGCUUACGGUGAAGUUCCCGUAAGAGAUGUGAGCGCUUCUCAGGUGCGUUAAGGCCCCGACAGUUCUGUGUUAGGAUGCUGAGGGGUUCGGCCGUGUAAGCCAUAGAGAGAGAGUGAUUGCGUGUACAAGUCCUGCGGUGUUUGGUCUCCCGUGGGGAGAUCUAGGUGCCCGUGCGCACUCCUACUGCAAUAAGUGGGGGGGGAUGAGUGAGCGCUACAACGGGAAGUAGGUCGGCUAUGACACCCAGUCGUUGGAGGGCCUGUGCCCCGCAGGUCAGCGGCUCGGCCCGCGCCCGAUUCGGUCCGACCCGGGAGGUCUCUGAUUGGAGGCCACAAUAAUGUGGUCUCUGUGUGGUAUAUCCCUCAGUAUGAGGGGAACCUGUGUAGCUGGGCGGAGUUCAAAGCCGUACCGUCUCCUAGUUGGGCUAGGGCAGCCACGGAGUUGGAUCCCCCAGUAAUCAGGUCUACACAGGUCUGGUCGGGGUUAGUGGAAUUGGCUAGUCCAGCGUGUUGCCUGCUGAGUAGCAGGAGUAUACUAUCUAGUGUUUACGGUAAAGUAUGAUGGUUACCUAGUGAGAUGUCCGUGUCCCACAUGUUCCAAACUGACGUCAUUGGCUAUUUUUCUUAAAUGAACGGUCUGUAUGUCUCGUGACAACGGGGCGUGGGUGGUUGUCCAGGAGUCUUACCCUGCGUGGAAGGUUAUCGGUGUGUCUCGGGGCGUCUACCCGACAGUCCCCCCUGAGUCGCCUACCGUGUUGUAUGACCAGUGUAACGCAAAGGUGGCAUGCGGUGUGCAAUGGGUCGUGCCGGUGCGGCCGGGGGAGGAGUCGUCACCACAUGAGCCUGCGUCACACGGGGAGGGCCUUGGGUGGACGUCUCUAGGAUAGUUAGCGUUGCGUGACCUGUCCGUUAGUGGGUCAGAUCUUUCGUGCUUAGGUUUACCAUGCCGUAGGAUGUGCAUGUGCAUGUGGAGAUGGUAAUAACACUGUGUCAGGGGGGAUACGUGUCCUGUAAAGUGUGCAACGUUUUAAAUAUACAGUGCCCCACCAUUGAGUGUGCAUCUCCCAUCCCCACCCUCAUCAGUCCCAGCCCAUCCCCCAAGUGCCAUCCACAUAAACAUGGUGAUACCUUAGGCAGCACAGCUAGAGCCCCAGCCCCCCCCCCCCCACCCCAUCCCGGCCCGACCCCUAGGCCAUUCUACUAGCAUAACCUAUACAUACAUCAUCCAUAUUACAACCUGGAAUAACAGUGCCUAGGUGCGUGUUCCCUCAGGCCCCUUCUUUUCCCACCCCCUCUCGCCACCCCCAGACAAAAGUCCAGUUAUCGGUGUAGCACGGCAAGUUCGCUCUCGCUUCGCCCGAAUGGCUUGUGUGUUGGGGUGCCCGCAGAUGACCAGCAAUCCAAAGCAGCUGUGCGGCUUGUAUGUGGCAGGCAAACCUAAACUUAGUCCCCCACUUUGGGCCGCUUCUAGCUUGUCCAAUGUUCCUCACCCCCAGUAGGCCCCCCUCCCCAUUCAACUUGGAGAUGCUGUCCAACCCAAGGGGUGUGCUAUCAUGUUGCCACUAGGCCUUGCUGUGGGUGUCCGUGUAUAUGACCCCACUCAUGUAUGUGUGCAAGCAGUACUUAUCUAUUUUCUGGAGGACAACGGUAGCGUCCAUCAGGGUCUGCCAUCUCGGGUAGAGCGUGUGUGCCAUGGUGGAGCUGUUUUGCCUGGUGGGUGUGGUGGGGAGCUCCCGCCUCUACUCCUCAGGAUCUGAGGGUGCUAGUUGUCUGCGGGCCUGUGGGCGUCUUGGCGUGGUGUCUCGUCUUCUGCGCUGUUGGCCUGGGGUCUGAGGGCCUUGUCUCUGCUCCGGUGGGUCCAGAAUCCAGUUAGUGACUUCCGUCGGUGGUAAAUUGAGGCGCUGUAAGAAUCUGGGCACUUCUUCUGGCCAUCUUAACGGAAUCCAUUCACUUUGAUGUCUGGCUAAGAGCAUAAAGGGAAAACCCCAUUUAUAUGGGAUCCCUCUGUCUCUGAGGAGUGUCGUGACGGGUCUCAGGGCCCUGCGGGCUUCAAGCGUAAGGGGUGACAGGUCUUGAUACAGGGCCACUUCUGCGUCGCGGAAUCGCCAGGUAGGUCUCGAGCGGGCCUUGUACAUUAUUUUUUCUUUUAGUUUGUAGGCUGCACGCGCUCUGUUUGCUCUGUGCGCCCGAUCAAAAAUCAUGGACUCUGGUGCCUCCUGUCCCAGUAUGUCGCAGAAUAGCAUCUGCAGUGUUCCCUUUAUGUCUUCGUCCCCUUCAGGUUCAGGUAGGCCGCGGACCCUUAUAUUCGAUCUGCGGCCCCUGUUGUCUAGAUCUUCAGUUUGUCUCCUGAGGGUUAAAAGGAUAUUGCCUUGCCUGUUUAUGGCAAGGUUUGUGGCUUCCACUCUGUCCCCCAUGGCCUGCACAGUCAUGUCAGUUACCUGGAGCUUGUUAGCUUGUGUGGUGAGAUCAGCCCUGAGUGCAGUCACUUCUGUGCGGAUCGCUGCAUGCAGGUUGUCAGACAGGAUCUGCAGAUCGUUUUUGGUCACCAUUGCCGCUGCCAGGGCUCUAAUGUCCGCCCUGAUAUCUGUUAAUGAGGGCCCUUCCUGAUCAGAGGUGAGAGGGCGGGUCGGGGAGUCGGCCAUGCUUGCGCCCGCCACCUCGUGGUGCUCGGCCGUCGAAGGGGCAAGAUACCCGUCCAUGGGUCCCGUCUGGGAGCUGCUUGGGUGAGCCCUGGGUGUUUGUGUGCCCUCCGGGCGUUUAGUGCGCCCCAUUAGCACGCUGUGCUGCGAUGGUAGCCAGCUGUAGGAGCUGUGUGGGACGGAGCUCUCCUCUUAGGCAGCCAUCUUCCCUCGCGGCCAAACCACGCCCCCCGAUUAAUAAUUUCUUUAUCACUACUGAACCAGUAUCUGGAAUAUAACUUAAUAUGGAGGGGCUUUUUAUUCACUGAACUCCAAAUUGCUAGGAAAUGAAAACCAAAUUGCAAACUUCAGACUACAGCUGAGUUAGUGAAUUCCCCCCCCCCCCACAUUUUGCAGUUUGGUUUAAUGAAUAAACCUAAUAGUCUAUGAUGGUAAAUAAGUGUAAAGAUGGUGGCAAUUCCAAUUCUUGCCAAUUCUACAUAAAUCAGUGAUCAUAAUCAUAACAUUUUGACUUUCUCUGAAGUUUUACUGAAAUGAUACUUAGAUUUUUAAGUUCAAUAAAAAUUAAAAAUGUUAUAUCUUUGGUAUAUGUUUUUAAUAUAAAUACAUUGCAGUUCUUUUCUCCUAGGGGGAGCCAUAUCUCCGCACAGCACACGGACUGCUCAUCUGUCUGUGGGAUGGUACCGUGCAUUAUAUACUGUACCUGUUAAUGCUGGCUGCCAUAGCUCGUGGGUAAGCAAUGAAGAAGAGAAAAUCACGUUUUAUAUUUGGCCUUUUUUCAUUUCACUUUGUGUUAUAUGUUUAGAUCCAAUAGAUCUUUGAUUUACCAAAGUACUCAUUGUGUUCUAGGAUUCCUUAUUGUUGCACAGUCAUCAGUAUUUAGGGGAUUUAUUCACUAAACAGCGUUUCAUGGAUGGUUCAUUAAUAAGAUGCACAAUUUAGAUUAAAUUAAAAUCCACUAAACUCCAAACUGUAAUGGAUUGAAACCUAACUGACAAAAUGUAAAAAAUAGCCAAGUUGUAACUAUAACCGUGCUGGCCAAUUUCUUGAAAUUAACCUUUUUUUGACCUAUUUUAGAUUGCAAUUUGCUACAAUUUUAACUAGAGCAAAUACCUCCGUUCUAGGUGGAGAUUUUUCCAGUUUUUCUAUUUUGGUCUAAAGAAACUGUGCAAAGUCAGUAGUUAGUUCAUCACAGAUUGCUGUUUAUAAAUGAACCCCUGAUUGUUUGUGACUGACCAGAGAGGGUAGUCUAUAUAAAAAUAUGAUGACAAACCUUGACAAAUUGUUUGUUAGAAGCAAGUCUGAGAGACUUGUGCAUGGUGAAAAUAUUUGGUCUGUCAGAAAAACAAGCAAACAGUUUUUCCGUCAAUCUGGAUUCGUCCAUGUGGCGUUUCAGUUUGAAUGAGUUUCGUUAAUGCAAACGUUUUGGGAAAACAAUACAGACAUUAUUAUUAUGUAUAUAUUUUGCAGUACACUUCACAUUUUUGCGCCAUGUGCGUCACAUAUCAAGUGAGAAGUUACCAGUAGAAGGGAAUAGAGGAAGAGCAGUAAAUAAAUCUAUUUUUAUAUAUUAUAUCUUUAUUAAAGAACCACUAAGUGGACGCAGACCACUUCCUGUGCAAGUACCGUCAUGUGACGUUCAAUGUCCAUGAGAAUGCAGCCCACAGCAGCGCAUGGAAUUCAGUACUUUCAUAUAAUAAACAUUUGCUUGGACGCAAGCGGCAUACACAAUACGCAUGCAUCUUGUCCCCAAUGCUCCUCAAUGAGAAGCCUUCAAUUGGACGAUUGUUGAUGAAGCAACACCUUCACGAUGACAACUCUGUAGGUAUAGGGGGCAGCAGCACUUAGGAAGUCUUGUAGUUGGAAAACUACUUAAAACCUUUCUCCUUCUCCUUUUCACUAAUUUAGUGGCUGCCCCCUUACCAUCGAUCAUAUUUUUUCCAUUAGUCAUCUUUUUUUGGACCAAUGGACAGAACUCAAAAUCAUGAAACAAACAAAACUGUUGACCCAUUGAUGAUUUUGUUUGCUUCGUGAUUCGUUGAUAUGCUAUUUUGGAUGAAUUGCUGAUCUCCCAAAAUUUUGGCAAAUCAUGAUUCAGGAGACACCAAAUGCACAAGUCUUGUAAUGACCCUGUCUCUCUGCAUUGUAUAGCUAUCAGCACAGCUAGAUUCAGUUCAGGGACUCUGACUGUUUGAGACUGUAUUGUUUACGCUGAACAGGCCAAUUAACCGUCUCUUUUCUGGUUUGUCUGUAGGAGGAGUUACAAGGCUGUGGGACUAUUCUGGCUGGGAUCUCUAGUUAUGAGCAUGCUGGUAUUUCUACCUGGAAAUGUAGUCGGUAAGACAGAAAAUAUCUGUUCUAUGACGUGUUCAAUCUUCUAUCAGUUGAUGCUGUGAUAUGGUAUUUGGCACAGAAAAAGGUUCAAUAAUCCAAUAAUUAACAUAAACUAUUGAAAUAAUUAACAUAAACAUAAAGCUAUGACCAAUUUAAAAACAUCACACACAUAAAUGAAUGUCAUUGAUCUGUAACGUUAGGCUAACUACUUCUACAGAAAAAUAAAUAUUUUUAUUUUUUAUUUUUGAAUUGCCAUUAUUUUUAAGGCUAUACUUUUUUAAUGUUUUUGUUAUAUACUAGUAUAACUGAUCAUCCCAAGAUGCUGUCUGCUAGACUGCUAGAAAUCCAAUAUGGCGGACUUCAGCCUUAUAGAACCACACUGCACAGGGGUCUGAAUAACCAACCUAGUCAAUAAUGCAUUAUGUACGAGCAUGGCAAGCAUUGAGGAAGGUUAUCUUAUGAAUAGGAACUUUUUCUCUGGCAUGUAGAACAGUUACAGUGAGGGAAAAAAGUAUUUGAUCCCCUGCUGAUUUUGAACAUUUGUCCACUGACAAAGAAAUGAUCAGUCUAUAAUUUUAAUGGUAGGUGUAUUUUAACAGUGAGAGACAAAAUGACCCCCCAGAAAAAAAAAGAAAAAAAGCAUGUCAAAAAAGUUAUAAAUUGAUUUGCAUGUCAAUAAGUGAAAUAAGUAUUUGACCCCUUCGACAGUACUUGGUGGCAAAAUCCUUGUUGGCAAUCACAGAGGUCAGAUGUUUCUUGUAGUUUGCCACCAGGUUUGCACACAUCUCAGGAGGGAUUUUGUCCCACUCCUCAUUUCAGUUCAUUAAGGUCUUGAGGCUGACAUUUGGCAACACGAACCUUCCACUCCCUUCACAGAUUUUUUAUGGGAUUAAGGUCUGGAGACUGGCUAGGCCACUGCAGGACCUUAAUUCGUUUCUUCUUGAGCCACUCAUUUUUUGCCUUGGCUGUGUGAUUUGGGUCAUUGUCUCACCCGAAAUUUGAAGGUACAUGGCCCUGUCCAUCAUCUCUUUGAUGCGGUGAAAUUGUCCUAUCCCCCUAGCAGAAAAACACCCCCAAAGCAUAAUGUUUCCACCUCUGUUUGACGGUGGGGAUGGUGUUGUUGGGGUCAUAGACAGCAUUCCUCCUCCUCCAAACAUGGUGCGGUGAGUUGAUGCCAAAGAGCUCGAUUUUGGUCUCAUCUGACCACAUCACUUUCACCCAGUUCUCCUCUGAAUAAUUCAGAUGUUCAUUGGCAAACUUCAGACGGGCCUGUACAUGUGCUUUCUUGAGCAAGGGGACCUUGCGGGUGCUGCAGGAUUUCAGUCCUUCAUGGUGUAGUGUGUUACCAAUUGUUUUCUUGGUGACUGGUCCCAGCUGCCUUGAGAUCAUUAACAAGAUCCUCCUGUGUGGUUCUGGGCUGAUUCCUCACUGUUCUCAUGAUGAUUGAAACUCCACAAGGUGAGAUCUUGCAUAGAGCACCAGACAGAGGGAGACUAACAGUUAUUUUGUGUUUCUUCUAUUUGCGAGUAAUCCCUUUAAGAGAGUGCUCCUAUUCUCAACUCGUUACCAGCAUAAAAGACACCUGGGAGCCAGAAUUCUUGCUGAUAGGGGAUCAAAUACUUAAUUCACUCAUUGACAUGCAAAUCAAUUUACAACAUUUUUGACAUGCGUUUUUCUGGAUUUUUGUUUUGUUUUUCUGUCUCUCAUUGUUAAAAUACACCUACCAUUAAAAUUAUAGACUGAUCAUUCAUUUGUCAGUGGACAAACGUACAAAAUCAGCAGGGGAUCACUGUAUGUAUCUUUGUAUCACAGUAUAGGUAAGGCAACUUAGAUUGAUAUAUUUUCUGAUUGAUUUCGUGCAGUAUUUAGAUGAAUAAAAUAGGAUAUUGUGAUUUAUAAAGAAGAUGUGCCUUUAAGCUGUAAUGAAUUACUAUUCUACAUAAAGGCACAACAAUGACUGAUUGAGACAACAUAAUAACACCCACAUAACUCACAUACUUAUAUUGACUUCCACUAGACUUAAACACAUUUUUGCAAUUGGGCCAGGGACAUACUUAAAGAACAAUAAAUGUGGUAGAUGUGAAUAGGGUAGAAAUGCAUUAUUAGCAAAUAAAACACAUACAUUGAUCUUGGACAGACUGGGACAUCACCUCCUCUUACAUAUAUAUGAGAUACAAUGCAUAAUUGACUUAAAAAUGCUUGGUGCUCAAUGCCCAGUUCAAAUUUGAAUUAUUUGCUUAUUUAUUUCUCGUCCAUCCAAAACAGCUGACACCUCCUUAGUAACAUUUAGUUCUUUCUGAAUUAAAGGUUAGCCUUAAAAGCAAUCAGGGCUUAUGCGGUCACAUUAGAAAUCUAUGGACUGUUUAUGAAUGUUAAACGAUGUCCAUUAGAAUUUCUCAUAUUAUAACCUCACUUAUCAGAUCCAUAGUCUUUAAAGGUAAAUAGGAACCAGUUGCCUAUGCGAUCUGCCCAUUAGAUACUUUAAAGAUGAGUCUUAAUUCUGUUCUCUUUUUCAGUACAGUGUUAUGUUGGUGCUAAACAUUCUUGACUUUCCCAUGUUCUCUAACCUGCCAUUUCAUGCAUCCACUGCAAACAUAUAAUUUUUUUUGGUCUCAAUCCCUUGCUUCUUCUUCCUUUAAUUUUGGGUCAUGACCUACUAUUCUAUCUGUCCCAUUCCCAUGAAAAAUACUGCUGCCAUCUACUCGGUUAAAUUCCUUGUAAAUAGAAGAGAGAUGUAGGCAGAGUUGUCAUUGUCACUUGUUGUAUGAUCGAUAGUCUGUGAGGAGAGAUAGUUCAUAUGUCUUAUUGCAAGACUUUGAGCCAGAAGGGACCUGUGAACUUGUGCCACUUUAUCAACAGAAGAACAGGAAGAGGUGACCUCUGACCCUGACCUGUAUGACAGGUGUGUUCAAGAUAAAACAUGAUGAAGAGGCCUCAGUUUAUCCGACACACACUAAUCUUAAAUAAUACCAACUCUCUUUAUGUAUUACCCUGUUAGAAUUAAUCAUGGAACACUUUUAUUUAUAUAUAUAUAUUUCAGGAAAGUAUGGGAAUGAAAUCCGUCCUGCUUUCCUCCUCAACAUCCCAUACUUGUUCCUUCCAUUUUGGGCAGCGAUAAGGAUCUUUCGAGCAAGCCAUGUCCUUCCUAAAACCCCAGUAGAAAAGGUAAGAGAAAGAAAUCUAACUAUCACAACUUCAUAAGCCAUAAUUGUCCCAGAAAGGAUUGUUGUCUCAACCUGUUAUGGAAGUUAUGUUUUUUCUGGUUUCUCUACAGGUGGAGAUUUCCCAAAAAGAGAGAAUCCUGCAACGUCCGCAGGACUUGGCAAUGAUUGUGUACCUGUUGGCUGCUAUAAUAUUUACAAUCUUCAGGGGAAUGGUAAGAAUGGAGAGUGUCUGCAUGCAAUAAUAAAUGUCCUUUGUCCAGUGAAGUCAUUUUUUGUAAGUGUUUUAUUAUACUGAAUAUCUUAAUAUUUCUUUUAUUUUCAUUUAUGAGCAUAUAUGUACCUGUAUGUGUAAGACUUUGAAUGCACAAGCAGGGAGCUGCCUGGGAGCUUACUGUGGAUUUUAUUCUGAAAAGCUACACUAUAUUGUGGCUCUAUUGUUCAAUUUAAAGUUGGGUAGUAACCAACAGUAGGGCACAGAGAGUAGGCAUGCAUUUAGUGUUAGUUUGGGGGUGUAAUUGGCUGCCAUAAGAAGAGGCACCUCAGUUUUAAACAAAAAUCUGUGGCACUGUGAAUUUUGCUUUGAGCAGUAGUGUUGCCACCUACGUUCUGGGUCUACCCUAUUACACAAAUUAAACAAUCAGACUGCAGUCUGUUUGAGAUUGUAACUCCAUAUCUGGGAAACUGAUGGGGUAGUCACAAAUUUCCAAGGUGUCCUGAUUGUGUUUUUCUGUUGAUCAAACCGCUUCAUUUAGGUCUCAGUAGGGUUUAAACUGGGUCCCUUUUAGCAGUGGUAUGUUGCAAAAUCUCUCUAUUGGAAUGUAGAUGAUUCCCAGAACAGUUAUCAGUGUUAUCAGGAAGGUUGUACAUCUGCACCUUUUUAUAUUAUUUAUAGGAAUGACAUACAACGUUUCAUAAACGUACAGCUCAUUCAUUGACAUUCAUCAUGUUUGCCUACACACUGUCCUUCAUAUCUUCUCAUUCAUUCUCACCCAGAUGAUACUAGAAUAUUUAUACUCAGUUGGCUAAAUUAUAGACGUCUUUCUGUCUCUUACUCUAUAUAAUAAGUUGUUGGCACCCCCUUUAACAGAGAGCAAGGCCUAGGCUGGUAUCCUCUCAAGCUACAGCUUGGAGAAUGGAUGGUGGGAUCCCACCAGUGUCCAUCUCACAUUGCUUCUGUCGUUUGGGAUUCUCACUGUGCCCAAGGAAAGCAUUACUCCUGGCACAGAUGAUGAAAAUUAAAUGUUUUUGAAACAUGACGUGUUCCACCUGUUGCAUCUCUUGUAGUAGAAAACCAAUUUACAAUAAAGAUGAAAUGAGCUGGGUGUCCUAAUAGUAUUAGGAAAGAGGAAAGAUUAUUACUGAUCGUUAUUAGUCACUGAGUUACAUCUUUUGUGUUUGUAGCUUGCCCUAGAUUGUCCCUCUGAUGCCUGCUUUACAUAUAUCUACCAAUAUGAACCGUAUCUAAGGGACCCAGUGGCUUAUCCCAAAGUUCAGGUAAGUGGACUAUGUAAUUAUAUAAUAAGGACAAAUAGACCUGGAGUGUCUCUCAUACAAAGCAAAUUAUAUUAAUGUCAAAUUAAAUUCUAAAAUUUAUGGGUCAUCACUUUUGAUAAGACUCAUGAGUGUGACUAAAAUUUAUUUAUCUCCUAUGCUCUUUAAUUACCUUGUUUCGUCUGUCUGUCUUUUUCCAUCCCUAUCUCUUUCUGCCUUAAUUCCUCCAUUCUCAUAUUUCCAUCUACUUCUUUCUCUACCUUUCUUCAAUUUCUUCUCCUUCUACUGAUCUCUCUCCAUCAUUGUCUCUGUCAAUCCUUUUUCAUUGCUCACUCCCCCUUUUUUCUCUCCCCUCUACCAUAUCUGUCUCUCCAAGGUUCCCUCUCUCCCUCCAUUUUCUGUUCUCUGCAUAUAUCUAUCAGUAUCUGAGGAGGACUCUCUCAAAUCAUUUGUAAAAAUAUAUUUACCAGACGUAUUUGAUUUUUUUAAUGCUUGCCUUUCUUUUAAAAUCAAAGGCUAACUUUAUAUGUAUCUAACAUUACAUCUGUGUAGUCCUUCAAUGUCAUGUUCUCAGAACAAGAUGGAUGUGGAAAAAUAAAUGUCAGGAGCUUACACAAUAAUGUCCUCUUCAGAUGAAGAUAAGAGUGUGUGUGUCUGUCAUCUACAUUCUCAUAAUGUUAUACAGGGCCACAGAGAUCUGUUUACAGUCUCUAACAACAUGUAUUAAAAUGUAUUGAUAGACUGAUGUUGGCAAAAUUCCAGAGCUGUUACUAUAGUAACCCUUUGAAGGGUUCUUAAACAAUAGCCUAUAUUUGCAUUCAUCCAGUUGCUACUUGUGUAGCCUAUCUAUAAAAGGUUUAAUAAACUCUUAUUCCUUUUCUUAAAAAAACAAGCCGAUAAUUUGCUUUGCUUCUCAUGAGGAAUAAUCCAUGGACUGUAACUCUUAUAAUUCCCUGCCAGCCAUAGGUUUGCAGAGAGCAAUAGUGGUUGUAGUCUAACAAAAUCAGAUCAACAACCCCUUUCAGUGCAGUAUUUCCAUAAGAAAUUUGCUUUCUGUUAUACUUAUAUUACAUCUUCUUCCUGUCAUUAGUGCCGUUGCACACUGUUUUAUAGCAUUGCCACUUGUGCCUAGGUCAAGGAUGGAACCCAACUGGUACAUAACUUGAAUAUCAUGCUGGGAAGUGGUCUGUCUAAGAUCCUAAGAUCAGUAGGUCAUUUUGACUCUAGUGUACGUGAUGAUUAUUGCAUUUAUGUUUUCUAUUAUAAACACAUAAUUUUUAUUUUAUUUGUUUAGUCUUAUUUCCCAUCAGAAAUAAAUGCAUGUCACACUACUUGAACAGGGUUCUCAUCAACAUAUUGUUCCUGUCAAAAUUUGUAAUAGUUUGUCUCAUUUGUUGUUAAAAUCCCCUUAAUAAUAUUGUAAAGUGGUGCAGAAUAAGUUGAUGCUAUAUAAAUUCCAUUACUAAUAAUAAUACACAGUGGUUUAACCAGAGUUAUGGUCCCCCGGGGACAGUCUCCCCCCAGCCCUAAUUCACCUUGUUUCUCUGGUUCAUUUUUAGCAAUAGAAAAAUAACUGGUAAAAAUUUAAGCAGGUUUUGUGUGUUUGAAUGUAUGUACACUGCUCAAAAAAAUAAAGGGAACACAAAACUAACACAUGAAUGAAUUAAAUAGUCUUCUGAAAUACGUUGUUCUUUACAUAGAUGAAUGUGCUAACAACAAAAUCACACAAAAAUUAAAAAAUGGAAAUCAAAUUUUUCAACCCAUGGAGGUCUGGAUUUGGAGUCACACUCAAAAUUAAAGUGGAAAAACACACUACAGGCUGAUCCAGCUUUGAUGUAAUGUCCUUAAAACAAGUCAGAAUGAGGCUCAGUAGUGUGUGUGGCCUCCACGUGUCUGUAUGACUUCCCUACAACGCCUGUGCAUGCUCCUAAUGAGGUGGCGGAUGGUCUCCUGAGGGAUCUUCUCCCAGACCUGGACUAAAGCAUCUGCCAACUCCUGGACAGUCUGUGGUGCAACGUGACGUUGGUGGAUGGAGCAAGACAUGAUGUCCCAGAUGUGCUCAAUUGGAUUCAGGUCUGGGGAACGGGCGGGCCAGUCCAUAGCAUCAAUGCCUUUGUCUUGCAGGAACUGCUGACACACUCCAGCCACAUGAGGUCUAGCAUUAGGAGGAACUCAGGGCCAACCGCACCAGCAUAUGGUCUCACAAGGGGUCUGAGGAUCUCAUCUCGGUACCUAAUGGCAGUCAGGCUACCUCUGGCAAGAAAUGCCACCCCACACCAUUACUGACCCACUGCCAAACCGGUCAUGCUGGAGGAUGUUGCAAGCAGCAGAACAUUCUCCACGGCGUCUCCAGACUCUGUCACGUCUGUCACAUGUGCUCAGUGUGAACCUGCUUUCAUCUGUGAAGAGCAUAGGGCGCCAGUGGUGAAUUUGCCAAUCUUGGUGUUCUCUGGCAAAUGCCAAACGUCCUGCACGGUGUUGGGCUGUAAGCACAACCCCCACCUGUGGACGUCGUGCCCUCAUUGAGUCUGUUUCUGACCGUUUGAGCAGACACAUGCAUAUUUGUGGCCUGCUGGAGGUCAUUUUGCAGGGCUCUGGCAGUGCUCCUCCUGUUCCUCCUUGCACAAAGGCGGAGGUAGUGGUCCUGCUGCUGGGUUGUUGCCCUCCUACAGCCUCCUCCACGUCUCCUGAUGUACUGGCUUGUCUCCUGGUAGCGCCUCCAUGCUCUGGACACUACGCUGAUAGACACAGCAAAUCUUCUUGCCACAGCUCGCAUUGAUGUGCCAUCCUGGAUGAGCUGCACUAUCUGAGCCACUUGUGUGGGUUGUAGACUCUUUCUCAUUCUACCACUAGAGUGAAGGCACAGCCGGCAUUCAAAAGUGACCAAAACAUCAACCAGGAAGCAUAGGAACUGAGAAGUGGUCUGUGGUCACCACCUGCAGAACCACUCCUUUAUUGGUGGUGUCUUGCUAAUUGCCUAUAAUUUCCACCUGUUGUCUAUCCCAUUGGCACAACAGCAUGUGAAAUUGAUUGUCACUCAGUGUUGCUUCCUAAGUGGACAGUUUGAUUUCACAGAAGUGUGAUUGACUUGGAGUUAUAUUGUGUUGUUUAACCCCUUAAGGACACAUGACAGAAAUAUUCCGUCAUGAUUCCCUUUAAUUCCAGAAGUUGUGUCCUUAAGGGUUAAGUGUUCUCUUUAUUUUUUUGAGGAGUGUAUAUAUUUGAGUGUAGUGUUGGUGUUUGAAUGCAGUUCUAUGUACUGUUGCUAUUUGUACUUGUGUACACCACUAGCGCCUCCACCCCUUCUUUUUUAUAAAUAAUUUGAGCUACCACCUGGUGAUCUUGAGUGGGGGCUUGGGUGGAAUUAUUAUUAAUAUUAGGGCCCCCACCCAUCACCCAUUAUUGGGGGCCAAUGGGUUCCCCAUCCCCAUCACAUGGAGUAUUUUCUAGUGACUGGGCAGCAAAUAGUACUUCAAAUUAUCUUGCAAACAUCAAGUCAAUGAUAAUUUUUGAAAUGUGCAUUCUUUCAUAUGCAUUUGAUUUAUCUUUGGUUGGCAUGUGGUCUCCGACUCCUGUGCUGUAAAUUGGUACUGAUGUGGAUAUUAGUUUUCUGAACUAAUGUUAGAGACUGAAUUCUAACCGCAUUUGGCUUUAGUAAAUCUGUGAAUUGCCAGUGCAGUCAGAAUUUGGUCAUUUUCACCAGAUUUUGUCAAUUGUUCUUCUUGUUGUGGGGGACAUCAUAGAGAAUAUGCUAGAUCGGCUUAUUGGUUCUUUAAUAGUACCAUUUCCAUGGGAGGGCUGGCAAUAUUUGGCCUGAGGGGCAAGUACAAACAACAACCUUUUUUUGUGCUCAAAAGUAGCACUGUCAUGUCACCCAGCAGUAAUUUGCACAUACCCCAACAGCCUGGUCAACCCCAGAAACUGCGGUCCACCAAGAAAUAUCCCAGUGGGCCAGGCCAGGCCAUAGCAUUGAACCCAAGAACAAACAUAUAGAGCACUGGAUUAGCAGAGGCCCUGAACAAUUCCUGCCUACAGAUCACUGCUGUAGUACUGUGCCAACAGACAUCCUAUUUUAAUUUGCAGAAUAAUGGUCUAAGGCAGCAGCUCACAACUUGUGCUAGUUGAAAUGCCCCGCUAGCAUGACUGUUUUCUUUGUGUAGAUUUUUUUCUUUGUUUAUUCCAGAACAGAGACUACACAAAUGGCACCUUUCAAAUGGCACCUUUUAUAAGGUUUAGAAGUUUGUGUGCGUAGAGUGUAAGGACAUAUUCUCUGUGUGUCUUUAAGUCUAAAACAUUGUUAUAGGUGCUAUAAACAAAUGGUAGACAUAAAGUCUUUAAUAUUUUUUUCCCCUUUUAAUAAUAUGUAAUUAAUGCUGAAAUUGGCACCAUGCUCUCCAGAACACCAUAUGGGACAUUAUGUCAACUUUGCCCAUCUGUCACCCUGCAGCUUAUAUUACUUUCAAAUCAUUAGUGUAGUGACCAACCCCUUAAUUAAAAAAAUGGUUCUGAUAACCGUUCCUUUCUGCAGUAUAAUAAAUAUUAAAAUGAAAAACCUACAAGAUGCCUUAUGUAUAUUAUUCUCAAUUUUAAAGGACCACUAUAGGCACCCAGACCACUUCAGCUUAAUGAAGUGGUCUGGGUGCCUGGUCCAGCUAACUCAGAGAAACUGCUAUGUUUAUAAAUAGGUUAAUCCAGCCUCUAAAGCCUCUAGUGGCUGUCUCAUUGACAGCCGCUAGAGGCGUUUGCGUGCUUCUCACUGUGAAAAUCACAGUGAGAAGACGCAAGCGUCCAUAGGAAAGCAUUAUGAAUGCUUUCCUAUGAAACUGGCUGAAUGCGCGCGCAGCUCGUGCCACGCAUGCGCAUUCAGCGGAAGAGGAGGAGAGGAGGAGGAGAGCUCCACGCCCGGCGCUAGAGAAAGAUAAGAUUUUAACCCCUUCCUCUCCCCAGAGCCCGGCGGGAGGGGGUCCAUGAGGGUGUGGGCACCCUCAGGGCACUAUAGUGCCAUGAAAACUAGUAUGUUUUCCUGGCACUAUAGUGGUCCUUUAAAGUGGGAAGCAGGGUGUCUACAAUAACCAUUUUAUUAUAAGUAGUUGCCUGUGACAUGAGAAUUAUGAGAUAUGCUUUUCCACACAGUAGGAUCCAUUUAAAUAUUAUGGAAACCCAAAUUGUGAACUGUUACAUUAUGCAGGAGUUACAGGUAGUUUUGCUUUUGUGUGCAUAUAUAUGGCCCUACCUUACUUAUUUUAAAUGGUGUACAAAAAGUGCACACAGUUAUUGUAUGCAGCAUGCUUACUGACAUAUCUUUCCAGAUGCUGGUCUCUAUGUUCUAUAUUGUACCUCUUCAAUGUUUGUGCAUCUAUGCUCUGCUGGUCCCUGGUUGCUCUUGGAUGUUGGACUGGACCCUGAUAUAUGCUGGCGCAAUUGCUCAAGUAAGUAAAAUAUCUCUUUGUCACAAUAAAAUAAAUUCUUUCAAGGGACACUAUAGUCACCAGAACAACUACAGCCUAUUGUAUUUGUUCUGGUGAGUAGAAUCAUUUCCUUCAGGCUUUUUGCAGUAAACACUGUCUUUUCAGAGAAAAUGCAGUGUUUACAUUGCAGCCUACGGAUAACUCCACGGGCUACUCCUCAGAUGGCUGCUGGAGGUGCUUCCUGGGGCAGUGCUGCACAUUGCAUCGAACUAAUAGUCAGUGUUUCCACCCUCUGCAUGAAGACACUGAACUUUGCUCAUAGAGAUGCAUUGAUUGAAUGCACCUCUAUGAGGAGAUGUUGAUUGGCCAUGGCUGUGUGUUGACUUGUGCUGGCUCUGCCUCUGAUCUGGGGGAGAUAGACAAGUUUUUAAAGGAACAAUGUACCAUCCUAAAGAUUGUGGUCAUGGUCAUGUGAAUUUUGUUCCCAACCUGCGGGUGGCGACCGCAGCCAAAUUUACAUGACCAUGACCUGGUGUAUGAAGGGAGAAAAGAUGGGGGUGAUAUGAGCAGUGUAUACAACCAAAGACCUAAAGACUUAAAGACCAAGAGAGACGUUUUUAAGGCCUUUAGGGCUAAAGACAGAUGGUCUCAAAUAGUGUGUGAUUCAGAAGAGGGAAGAAAUUAGCAAUUAAUCAAUUACAAUAUGUGAAAAGGAUGCAUUGAACACUUAAGCCUUAAUUUAAUAAGCUCAUCGAAUGACUUAAUACCGUUAGAAAGACUUUCCAGAGAAUUUAUCUACUAAAGUCACCAUUAAACGCUAAGGGAAUUUUUGUAGAUAAAUCAUUUGGAAAAUAAUUUCUAACAGUAUUGAAUAAUUAGGAAAUUGAGUCCUUACAUAUUAUCAGAGCCUCCACUUUUGGUUCUAAAGUCAAAAGGUUUUAGAAGCUCUAUUAGGAGGCUUCCAACCAAUAGAAUGCUUCUCCAGUAUGUUUCUCUUGCAAAAAAAUAAGGAAACACACUAAGGGGGUUAUUCAAACAGCCCCGUACUGAACUAAGGAAAACCAUUCGGUUGUGUACAGGGCCAUUCGGGCUGUAAAAUCCAGUCAUUGUUCACAUUAUUUAACAAUGUCUGGAUUAGGCAGCUCAGGUCCCAAACAGCCCGAUCUUGGUCUGGAUUUCAGCAGGACUGAAUGCUGCCAAAUGACUGAAAUCCAGACAAAAUGCUUCAAAUCCAAAUUUUAAAAAUCCAAACUAUUUGCCCGCUGGCAGAGUUAGCAGCCAACUGGCAAAUAGGUAAAACAACUUUGACAGUGUAAGUGUUAACUUUGUGGUGGCUGCUAGCACUUGCUAGACAGCCACCACAUUAAAUAAUAAAAAAAGAAAUAAACCUAUGGCAUCAUUAAAAAUGCCCAGUUGCUAGAAAUGCCCCAUCCCCAUGUGAAAUAACAGGGGGGAGGAACGUAAUCACAUACCCCACUUUAUAUAGGAUUUGGAUGCGAAUGCACCGAUUUUAAUAUGGACACCAAAUGCAUCUGGGUGAUUGCUGCAGAUUUAGGUUGACUGAAUUCCAUAUUGGCUUUAGUAAAUAUGACAAUUGCCAUCAGAAUUAGUUAAUUUUCACUUUAUUUUGUCCAUGUAGAGAAAAUCCUGUCUUUAACCCCUUAAGGACCAAACUUCUGGAAUAAAAGAGAAUCAUGACAUGACAUGUUAAGGGGUUAAAGGACCACUAUAGGCACCCAGACCACUUCAGCUUAAUGAAGUGGUCUGGGUGCCAGGUCCAGCUAGGAUUAACCCUUUGUUCUAUAAACAGCAGUUUCAGAGAAACUGCUAGGUUUACAUUAGGGUUAAUCCAGCCUCUAGUGGCUGUCUCAUUGACAGCUGCUAGAGGCGCUUGCGUGCUUCUCACUGUGAUUUUCAUGCUUUCCUAUGAGAAUGGCUGAAUGCGCGCGGCUCUUGCCGCACAUGCGCAUUCAGCCGAGGAGGAGGAGAGGAGAGCUCCUCGCCCGGCGCUGGAGAAAGAGGUAAGUUUAACCCCUUCCUUACCCUAGAGCCCGGCGGGAGGGGGACCCUGAGGACCCUGGGGACACUGAAAGCGAAUAUGUUUUCCUGGCACUAUAGUGGUCCUUUAACGAAUAACCCUGUAAAAAUGACCAGUAAUUGUAAAUGAUACAAUUUACACUCAUGAUCUAGAGAACCUCUAUUACCUAUAACCUUGUAUAGAUGGUGCUAAACAUUUUGUUUCUCUGGGCUGUCUCUCAUAUAUAUAAAGGGGGGGGGGGGGGAGGAUGAGGGCAGAAAUAUAAAGUUUAACCCAUAAAAAUGUCCACCCUAAAAGAACAGGUAAAGUGAAUCUACUCACAUAUACUAAAGCAUGAUACUUGUCUCAGUGCUCACAGAGUAGGGCAAAUAGGAAGGAAUAGGAAGGAGUUUUAUUCCGGAUCAGGACAACAAAAUCAUAUACCACGUUUCGGUAUCAAGCCUUCAUCAUGUAUACAGAGCAAUAGACAAAAACACACUAUUUAUACCUGUGCUACAAGUAAAUCACGCCCAAACAUCUUUCACAAUGAGGUCAUCUGACUAGAAUGAGUUACACCUGGGGGAGGAUGCUCAUGACACAAGUGGUUGUCAUGGAAAACAAACAACAAAACACCAGUAGUAGGAUCAAAAAAGUGUAAUCAGAUGCACAGACCUGGCUGCCAUAGCAACUAGCCAAAAUAGGAAAUAGUGUGUAAAAAAUAAAUAAAAAAGAAGUAAAAAUAAAAAUAAAUAAAAGCCUGUGAAGGGAGCAUAUGCUCACUAGACAGAGACAUACAGUUUCUCAGAUUUAUUUUCAUAUUAUUGAUUCAAUCUUUUACUCUGUAUAUACAGAAACAUUGUUUAUGAUUUUUUUGUCCUGAUCCUGAAUAAAACCCCUUCCUACUUGCACUACUUUGUGAAGCCUCUGGAAUUUGAUUUUGAAUACUCCUAAGGGACUGCAGAUCCCUUCCAUGAUGGUCCAGGUGUGAUUUCAGACUUUUUUGGGUUUUCUGAGUCCAACCCUACCUUUGGAAUUGAGCAAGUCACAAUUCUUUACUGUAACACAUAAACCAAAGAGAUAGCUGAACAGCCAAAACCACCUGUGCAAAACACAACUACAUCAUGGCACAUUAAUUUGAUUUAUACAUGCAUUGAAAACAAACACAGAAAAUAGAAAUGUCUAUAAAAAAAAAAAAAAUAACUGUUUGAGAUAGUAUGUCAAUGUGUCAGCUAAACAUGUUUUUUCAGUUGGUUAGAUUCACUUUUGCUAAUGCAUUGAUACUAUUAAAGUCUGAGUAAUUGUCAGUCCAAAAAAACAAGAAAACAAUGGGACUAUUAUAAAAUGUACCUGAUUUUACCUAUUUAAAAGAAGAAAAACUACCACAAUAAGAGGACAUAGUCUUAAAUUAGAGGGGAAAAGGUUUCAAAAUAAUAUCAGGAAGUAUUACUUUACUGAGGCGGUAGUGGAAGCAUGGAAUAGCCUUCCAGCUGAAGCGGUAGAGGUUAACACAGUAAAGGAGUUUAAGCAUGCGUGGGAUAGGCAUAAGACUAUCAUAGCUUUAAGAUAAGGCCAGGGACUAAUGAAAGUAUUUAGAAAAUUAGAUUUAGGGCAGAGUAGAUGGGCUGAAUGGUUCGUAUCUGCCGUCACAUUCUAUGUUUCUAUGUUUACAUAACAUUUUUAAAAAUCUUUACCUAGGCCCAAUUUGCGCAUGUGGGAUCUUCACUUUAUCACCGUACCCCGUACACCUACCGUGUACCCCAAGAUUCCUGGUGGGUAUUUAUAAUUUCCAACAUCUUGUACACCUUGGGGCCCCAACUUCUGGCGUACCGAUGCCUGAGGAAACCUGCCUACUUCUUGCGAAUAACAUCCCACUCUCCGGAAGAUGGAAAGAAAAACAAUUAAUGAGAAAAAUGAGAAGGCUAUAAGAGAUGUGUGUACUUGAGAGGUUUAUAGGGGUAAUGUCUUACUUGCUAGUGGGUUCUUAAUGUAUGCCUGCACAAUUCUUAGUGGCUUACACUGCCCCACAUUGCGCCUCAGGUUUUUUUUUUUUGAAAGGAGAUGCUGGCCUGCAAAGGCAUUUCACUGAUAAUAUGACCCUUAUUAGAGACCAGCUGUCAGACUUAAUGGAGGAAUGAAACGUCCUUGUUUUUUGUGCUGCAUUGUUGAUAAUAAAUUAGUUAUUAACCUUCACACAGUUUAGUGCAGUCAGUGAUCCCACUUACAAGGCCAACAUGCAUUAGUUAAUAGAUAAAAUACAUUAUUUGCAUAGGUUUAUUUAAUGCAAUUGUUUUCCUUUGUGUUCUUCUGACCCUUGUGCUUUUUGUCUUCUGGACCCAUAAAAAAAAAUAAAAAACUGAGUUUGUUAUUUUUUUACUCAAAAAUCAAUUUAUUUUUAUGUAUUUCCAGUUUAUUGAUCCGUUAACUCCUGCUAGUGCACAUUUUUACACUCAUUCUCACCUCUGCCAAAUUCAUUAUUUAUACUCCAAGACAAAAGUAAACAACAAGGCUUAUGUCAUCUUUUAUGUGUAAAAAUACCUUUUAUGAAAUAAAAUUGUGUUUAUCUGACUGCCUCCUUUGUAAGAUUGUUAAUUCUUGAUAAUGCUGGACAUUCUACUCACACGAGAACACAAGUGGAGGCUUGCAUUUCAAGUACUUUUUCUUUAGAUAUCUUCUUUAUAUUUUCAAGAGCUCACAAUAAAUACUCUCCA